AUGGUAGAAUAUAUAUUACUACAAUGCUAUAGUUGUCAUACAUUCCAAAUCAAUCAAAAGACUAAAGUUAGCAAGUUUCAAUGCAAGAUUUGCAACGAGAAGCAAAGUGUCAAGAAGAUCUAUGCCAUAUCGAAUCAACCAAAGGAUCUUCGUCCACUCGUUCAAAAGUACAAUCUAGAAGGUGGUUUAAAGAGAGAAGAAGCUGAUAAACAUAAAGUCGAACAAUUUGAAAUUAAUCAACAACAAGAUGAUCAACAUCAACAUCAACAACAAGCAAACUACUUUGAUGAUGAUGAUAGUGAACAAAAUCAUCAAGAUGAAUUUGAACAACUACAACAACAACAACAAACGGAAAGAGGAUCAAUGAAGAGAAAACAACAACCUCAAUCAUCAUGGAAUCAAUUCUUUGAUGAUGAACAACAUAAUCAAAAGAAUGAAGAAGAAUUAAAUGAUUUUUAUAAUGUUAAUUCAAAUGAUUCAGAUGGCAACGAUUUUGAAAUAUCAACAGAUGCAUUACCUCAAAGAGGAAGAGGUAGAGGUGGUCGUGGUGGUGCUGGUGGUGGUGCAAGGGGUAGAGGUAGAGGUAAUGCAAAUGCGACUACGAAUACCUCAACUCCUUCGCUAUCGACUAGAGGAAGAGGAAGAGGAAAUACAAGUACCAGAGGUAGUACUACUGGAAGAGGUGGAGCAAGAGGUGGUGGUGGGUUUAUUCAACCAACAAUACAGUCAACAAGAAAUAUUAAUAAUGAUAGAAAUGAUAUUGACGAAUCAGAUGAUUUUUAUAAUACUGGUCACGAUGAUGAUAAUGGUAAUGAUUUCUACACUGGAUAUGGGAAUAAUAAUAAUAAUAAUGGUUUUAAUACAUUCAAGAAAAUUAGAUCAAAUGAUAUCAUUUCACCAACAACGACCAAUACACAACAACAACAACAUUUCGAACCAUUAAAAAUUACCAAACCAACUGUUUCACUCUCUAUACCAAAGAAAACAAUAUCCCUAUCUAUUAACAAAAAUAAUAAUAAUAAUAAUAAUAACAAUAAUACUACUUCUACUUUUACGACUAGGACGAUGAAUGAUCAAUUUAAUAAUAAUAAUAAUAAUAAUAAUAAUUCAUAUAAGACUACAAAUAUACAAACAAACAGUAGACCACCACCAGCACCACCAACAGUUGAUCCUUAUCUACAAAUGUCAAACAAAAAUACUGUAUUUUCACAAUCUAUCAAUUUACCUUUACAACAGACAGCCGCUACUACUCAACCAUCAACAUAUAAUAAUAAUAAUAAUAAUUUUAAUUCAACAUCAAAAUGGAAUCAUUUGUUUGACGAUGAUCAAAAUAACCAAGGUGACGUGGAUGCAGAUGAUUUCUAUGGUACUGGAGAGACACCCGCAAUGUCCAUUAAUUAG